ACUUGUCGUCGUUCGCGUUAGUGUCUUCAGUCAGCUUCAAUUGCUACGAUUGCGCUGUAGUUGUACAACAAAUUUUGGAGAGAGACAGAGAGAGAGAGAGACAGAAACGAAAAGAAGGCAAAGAAAACGAAGAAGCAGAAAACAUUUUGUGUGCGCGUUUUGGACGACGUUCUUCUCUUCUUUCUCUCGCUCCAGGUGCGAAGUUGCAAUACGCGAAAUAGUUAUAAUUGCGUCGUGCAAUGCAUUGGCAUUAACUAAAUUGGCCACGCGUGCCAGGUGUCAAACAGUUUGUUGUCAUCCAUUAUUUUGUUGUUUUCUUUUUGUUUUUUUGUACAUUUGCUACAUUAAGCAACGCAGCGGACAGCAAUGAAACAGCUCUUAAUUCGACUAUUGCUAACCUAGUUUCACUUCCCCAACAACUACAACAAAAACAACACACAACAAAAGAAAACUCCCCGAAAUAAUAAUUAAAGCAAACAAAGGAAAAAACAAGUGAAUAAGGAAGAAGAAAAAUAACUGCAGCAGCAGCAGCAGCAGAUUCUUGAGAUUUCUCAUCCUUCCUGUGAAAACACAAAAGAUCUGGCUACAAAAAAAAAGAGCUACAAAGCUUAGAGAAGAAAAAAAAAAGAAAGCAACCACAUUUGGGUUUUUUUUUUUGGAGAAUAUCUAGAGCAGGCAGCGGGCGAAGCGGAGGACGCAGACUCAUGUUAGAAAAAUGAAAAAGUUCACAUUCAAAGGAGUUCUGGAUGGAUUUCGACAAACCGUACAGCCUCAAGCCAUACGACAGGAGCAGGAGAUCCAGGAGCAAUUGAAGGCCGAUCAUUUCACACUCAAGAAAACCUUUCGCCAUGGCUUCCCAUUUUCACCCACAUCCUUUGCCUUCGAUCCAGUACAAAAACUAUUAGCGAUUGGUGAUAAAUCCGGCUAUAUACGCAUCUUGGGACGACCGGGCGUUGACGCACAUGCCAAACAUGAGGGUGAAUCCGAGUGCGCUGUGCUCUUUGCCCAAUUCCUGGUCAAUGAGGGAGCCCUGGUCACAGUCACCGCCGAUGACACCAUACACUUGUGGAACAUACGCCAAAAGACGCCGCGCAUAGUGCAGAGCCUCAAAUUUCAGCGCGAGAGGGUCACAUGCAUACACUUGCCCGUGGGCAGCAAAUGGCUGUACGUGGGCACUGAGAAGGGAAACAUACACGUCGUUCACAUAGAUACAUUUGCACUUAGUGGAUAUAUUAUUAACUGGAAUAAAGCAAUUGAAGUGGUUAGAACUAGUCAUCCAGGUGCUGUGAUUGCGUUAUGUGAUAAUCCAUUGGAUGCAAACAAGUUGCUUAUUGCAUUUGAGUGUGGGCUGCUUGUGUUAUGGGAUCUGAAAGCGAAAUGCGCUGAGAUACGAUGGCAGGCAGCCGAGGCGGUUAAAUCAUUGGCCUGGCAUUAUGAGGGCAAAUACUUUGUAUCAUCGCACACAGAUGGUUCCAUUUGUUCUUGGCCCACCAAGCCGCAGCCGAAGCCCCAGUCCCAAGUUUGUCCGCAUGCAAAAAUCAACAAGGAUGGCAAUGCGGAAAAAUGCAAACCGAUUUAUAAAGUUGACUUGAAGUCCAGCACAACUGGCGAAACCUUUACAAUUUUCUCUGGCGGCAUGCCAUCGGAGAAGGGCUCAAAGUCGAAUUGCAUCACCGUUAUGGUGGGUAAGACCACAACUGUUCUGGAAAUGGAGCAUGCCGUUUGCGAUUUCAUUACGCUCUGCGAAAAUCCCUGGCCCUGCGAAACACAGGAGCCAUAUGCGAUAGCUGUGCUGCUUCAAUAUGACUUAGUAUUAAUAGACUUAUUAACGCCCGGUUUUCCAUGUUUUGAAUCGCCUUAUCCAAUGGACUUACACGAAUCACCUGUUACAUGUUGCACAUAUUUAACCGAUUGCCCAUCGGAUUUGGUUCCUGCUUUCUAUUCUGUUGGUCGCACAACGACAAGUAAAAAAACGGGCUUCUCGGAGCGUGAAUGGCCCAUAUCUGGCGGGGAAUGGUCACCUGCCUCCUGCAGUUAUUCGGAGAUUGUUAUCACAGGACAUCAGGACGGCAGUCUCAAGUUUUGGGACUCCGGCGCUGGCACACUCCAGAUUCUGUACAAACUGAAGACAGCCAAGAUGUUUGAGAAGCCGCGUCACGUCAGCCACGCGACCGACAGCGAUAAUCCAUUGGCUGUGCAUUUGAUAUUUUUGUGCUCGGAGUCACGUCGCCUCUGUGUCGCCGGUGCGAUGGGUCAGGUAAUGUUGUUCAAAUUUCGCAAGGUCGAAUCGACAUCGGAGGUCCUGGUGCUCGAGAUACCAAUACUCUAUGAGAAUUUUGAUGACAAUUAUGGCACCAGUCCCGAAUGCGAUUUCCUAACCGGACAUCAGGUGCAAAAAACCGAAUCAAGUGAUUCAGAUAAGACGGAGUGCACGCUCAAGGUGCGUUUUGGGGCUCAGCGUAAGCCGCCGGGAUUUCAAUCCCAAUUGGUUUGUUUGACCACGGGGCCGAAUCGUCGCACCGUGCAGGUUACCUCGUUGUGCAUCAACUCUAGCUAUGGCUUAAUGGCUUAUGGUACCGAAUAUGGACUUGUCAUAAUUGAUAUAAUCCAAAAAAUUUGCCUAUUGAGUGUUGCAUGUCCCGAUCUGUAUGGCGCACACGAUCCUUACUCGCGAACACCAAAAAGUCCCAAACGCAUUGAGAGCAAAGAGGAGCAAAGUCGUUCGCCCAGUUCCGAUCAGCUUAACGACACCACAAGUCCGGACAGUCCAUCGAUCGAAUUCAUACCGGAGGCAAACGAGGCGUCUGUUUGCGGUGCGGCACCAGGAUCAGGAGCAGCGGCAGCGGCGGACUCAUCAGCAUCGGCAUCGCGACCAACGUCGCCGCUGGCCAUCGAACAGGUGAUCAACAGCAGUAAGGAGAUGCUGAUCAGUGGCGCUCAGGCGCAGAUGGGAACAGCGGCUGCAUUGGCGGCCACCAAAAGUCCGCAGCGAGAUGAGGCAGCGGCGGCGACGGCGCCAAAAGCUGAGCUGCAAGAUCGCCGCAAGUCGAUGUCAUGGAAAACGUUCAAUUUAAAGCGUCAAUUAUCGAAAGUCAAUAUGAAGAUCGGCGGCAGUCUCAAUCAAGAGCUGGAGGCCAUCAAGAGCGGCAGCUCAUCCAUUUUCUAUGCCACGCCCAAAGAGAGUUCGCCCGAGGGCGCCAGCGAAGAGGCGACGCCAGGCGAAGCGCUCGAAUGUCGCGAAGACGAUGUCGGCUUAGCUGCAGCGACUGCAAUGCUCAAUUGUGAUACUGAGGCACAACAACAGCAGGCGGCAGUGACGCCGACGCCAACGCAGAAGCGCGUCGAUUUUGAGCAGCCGCCAGAGAGCGGAGAGCGACCCAGCAAUUUGCCAUUAAGCGAGCAACAACAACAACAGCAGCAGGCGCCAUUGAAGCCAACGCGUCAGAAAUUCAAAGAGAAGGCACGCGAUCAACGUUUGCUCUCAGUGCCCAACAUCAAAUAUCAGCCUAGAGAGCAACGCGCUGGCUUAGGCAUUGGCAUAAGCAGCGCUGCCAGCGGCGGCAGUGGCAGCGGUGGGCGGGUGAACAAGAACGAUGUGUCGCCAAUGAUGAGCGGCAGUUUAUCCAAAAAAAUACAUAAAUUGGAUGGCACAUUCUCGAGAUCCAGAUCGUCAUCAAUGUCCAGCAUUGAUAUGUCUUCCUCUGAAUCUGUUACCUGUUUAGCUUUUAUCGAGAGUUAUGCUAAACGCAAUGAUAUUUUAUCGCUCGUUCCUACUUUGUGGAUUGGAACUAGUUUCGGUUCAAUAUUGACAUUGUUCAUCACAAUGCCGGAGCGCGAUAUGCGCAAAUCGCAGCCCGUCUUGGUUACAAUUAACGGCGGUCCUGUGGUACGACUCAAAGGCUCCAUUACUUCCAUGUCCUUCUUGGACUCUUACGGCUCGAUCAUACCCUACACGUUUGAGCCUUGGCGCGAUGAGAACAGGGACAAGAAAGAUCGCACUCCCACUAAGAGCAGCAGCCGCACCAGUCCCACAUUUACACCAACAACUGCCAAUACAAUAUCAAACACUUCAGUUGCUGGCGGUGCGGGGGCAGCUGGCGGUGGAGCAGCGGGAUCAGCGGGGGCUGGUGGCGGAGGCGCCUCUGGCGGCAGCGGAAGCGCACCUGGAGGCGCAACUGGAGCUGCAGCUGGAAGCGGCGGAGGCGGCGGCGGAGGCAGCAGCGCAGGUGGCAUCAGCGGUGGCAUCAGCAGCAGCAGCGCCAGCAGCAGCGGCAUCAGCGGCAGCGUUAGCACCGGCCUGGAAACACUCACCGAUCGACAAUAUAUCGUUAUAGCCAGCGAAAAGCAAACAAAAGUCUUCGAUGUGGCAAAUCAAUGCUGCAUCAAUCGCAUACAAUUAUCGGAAAUGGAUUUUGCAGUCAAGGCAGAAACUAUCACGAUGAAAGAUGGCUCUUGCUUAGCAACCUAUCUUUCGAAUGGCCAUCUAAUGGUACAUAGUCUUCCUAGUCUAAAACUGUUAUUGGAUACUGAUUUCUUACCGCUUAUGGACUUAAGUUUUCAAACCAAAUGUAAACAGGGAAUUGUCGAUCCAAUGCUUUCGAUAUGGGGUCAACAGAUCAUUGUUCAUGAAGAUACAACUCAAAUAUCAAAAAUAUUUUGCUUUAGUCAUAAAGGUCAUGGAUUGUACAUGGCAUCGCCCACCGAAAUUCAAAAAUUCACGAUAUCAUCGGAAUUUUGUCAAUUUAUUUUGGAGAUGAUGGGUGAGUUAUAUACGGUACACGAAAUGCCCGAACAGCCGAAGGAGGGUUUCUUUAAGGGUCUAUUUGGCGGUGGCGCCAAGCUUUUGGAUCGCGAGGAGUUAUUUGGUGAACAGAGCGGGAAAGCAAAUCGUUCCGUUGCACGGCAUAUACCCGGCCCCAAUUUGGAGCAGUUGGGUCAACGUGCUUCCACAGCGGCGUCGGAAAUUAGCCGGGCGCAUCAGUUGGCCAUGGAGCGUGGCGAGAAGCUCAAUUUGUUGGAGGAGCGCGCGGAGCGUAUGGCCAAUACAGCUCAAGAUUUCAGCGGUACAGCGCAUCAAUUAAUGCUUAAAUAUAAAGACAAAAAGUGGUAUCAGUUGUAAAAUAUCUAUUUUAGGAGCCAAUUCUACCACAGUUAUUGUAAUAUUGCUUUUAUAACACUUUCUACUACAUUACGAGUAAAGUACACUUAUUUAAUUUCUGUUUUCAAGUCGUCACGUUAUUUACAAAAACAAAAACAACAAAAACCAAAAAACAAACAAAAAAAACAACAAAAAACCAAACAAAAAAACUGUUUUUAAUAAAAAUAUAUAGACCAAAAACAAACAAAAAAAAAAAAAAAAAAACAAACCAA